AGAGUGCACGCGCCGAGCAAAAUCGUUCCCUUCUAAAUCCAAUCCGCGUCAUUCUGAUUGAUUCAGGAGCCAUUUUAGAUUUAUUUAUUUGGAAUAUUUUUAUGCACAGCCUGAACCCCCCUCCCUCUCCUCCUGUUCAGUAAGAAGGCACGCCCAGAGACGUUUUCGUUGUCGCCUAGACACCGUUUAACCCUUUCCGGUACGACUGCUUACAUCAAUCUCGGUCUCGAGCUCGAAGUGUCGCGAAGCUUGGGGCGCGAGCGAGCGGUGGAUGGUUUCCUAACGAAGAUGCUGUUUGCAAAGGCGUAGAACCUGUGAGGGACCCGCGCGCGCGUGUGCGUGUGUGGAGAAAACGGACUCCUGGUAAAAAGGAAAAAAGAACAAAAAAUACAGGCUUUUAUUUCUCCUUCUGCGCGGUGGAAAUGAACAGAGACGUCAACAUGGCGACAGCUGCUGCGCCCGUGCGUUCCGACACGAAGCCGUGGCAGUGAAGCUCCCGGUGUGACCGUAGGCUAGCUGGUCCGGCUCCAGGAGCAGGAUGUCAAUAUGGCUGCCCAGCUGCUCGUUCCUCCCGGACCUGACAGCUUCCAGCAAUUCAGUCCAGAAUCGCUCGCUGCUAUCGAGCGGCGCAUCGCCGAGGAAGCGGCCCAGAGGUCCAAAGGCGAGAGGCGCAGCGAUGAAGAUGACGAGAACGGACCCAAGCCCAACAGCGACCUGGAGGCGGGGAAAUCCCUGCCCUUCAUCUACGGGGACAUCCCUCCUGGACUGGUGUCCGUACCCCUGGAGGACCUGGACCCCUACUACAGCAACCAGACAACCUUUAUAGUAUUGAAUCGCGGGAAGGCGAUAUUCCGUUUCAAUGCCACGCCUGCCCUCUACAUCUUGAGUCCGUUCAACCCUCUGAGGAGGAUCUCCAUUAAAGUGCUGGUGCAUUCGAUGUUCAGUUUUGUGAUCAUGUGCACCAUUCUGACUAACUGCGCCUUCAUGACACUCAGCAGCCCGCCAGACUGGGCCAAGAACGUGGAGUACACGUUCACAGGGAUUUACACGUUCGAGUCUCUGAUUAAGAUCCUGGCUCGCGGCUUCUGCGUGGGAAAGUUCACUUUUCUGCGAGAUCCCUGGAACUGGCUGGACUUCAGCGUCAUCGUCAUGGCAUAUGUAACUGAAUUUGUGGAUCUGGGCAAUGUCUCUGCACUGAGAACCUUCAGGGUUCUGCGAGCACUCAAAACUAUUUCAGUGAUCCCAGGCUUGAAGACCAUUGUGGGUGCUUUGAUCCAGUCGGUGAAGAAGCUGUCGGACGUGAUGAUCCUGACCGUCUUCUGCCUGAGCGUCUUUGCGCUGAUCGGCCUGCAGCUCUUCAUGGGAAACCUGCGUCAGAAGUGUGUGAGGUUUCCACAAUGGAACGAAACGCAGAACGCCACAAAGAACAACCUCACCUCAACACUCAACAGCACCACAGACUUCGAGCUGCUCAACACCACCAACGCUUUCAAUUGGACCGAGUACAUCAACGACAAGUAUAAUUAUUAUUACCUUCCCAACCGCAGAGAUGCCUUGCUGUGUGGGAAUAGCAGUGAUGCAGGGCAGUGUCCUGAAGGAUUUUUGUGUAUAAAGGCAGGGCGUAACCCCGAUUACGGCUACACGAGCUUCGACACCUUCAGCUGGGCCUUCCUCUCUCUCUUCCGUCUCAUGACACAGGACUUCUGGGAGAAUCUCUAUCAGCAGACCCUGCGUGCUGCUGGAAAGCCCUACAUGAUCUUCUUCGUGCUGGUGAUCUUCCUGGGAUCGUUCUACCUGGUGAACUUGAUCCUGGCUGUGGUGGCCAUGGCGUAUGACGAGCAGAACCAGGCCACCAUCGAGGAGGCGCAGCAGAAAGAGGAGGAGUUUCAGGCCAUGCUGGAGCAGCUGAAGAGACAGCAGGAGGAGGCGCAGCAGGUUGCCGCGGCAGCAGCCACAGAGAGUGGGGAGUACAGCGGCAGGGGCGGCCUGUCUGAGGAAAGCUCCUCCGGGGGCUCCAGACUCUCCUCAAAGAGCGCCAAGGAGCGACGCAACAGGCGCAAGAAGAGGAAACAGAGGGAGGAGGAAGAGGAGGAGGAGAAAGCCGACCAGGAGAAGUUCCACAAGUCCGAGUCAGAAGACAGCAUCCGGCGCUCGGGGUUUCGCUUCUCCAUAGACGCCAACAGGCUGUCCUACGAGAAGAAGUGCUCCACCCCGAAUCAGUCUCUUCUCAGUAUCCGUGGUUCCAUCUUCUCUCCGCGGAGGAACAGCCGCGCGAGUUUGUUCAGUUUCCGCGGCCGGGCCCGGGACUUCGGCUCGGAGAACGAUUUUGCGGAUGAUGAACACAGCACGUUUGAGGACAGCGACAGCAGGCGAGGCUCGCUCUUCGUACCUCGGCGGAUCGAGAGGAGGAACUCCACGGUCAGUCAGUGCAGCCUCGGAGCUCCACGGAUCAUGCUUCCGGCCAACGGGAAGAUGCACUGUACUGUCGACUGUAACGGGGUGGUGUCACUGGUGGGCGGAGCCUCCGUGCCAACUUCACCGAUUGGCCGAUUGCUUCCCGAGGGAACGACCACAGAGUCAGAGGCCCGGAAGAAGAGGUCUGGGUCACAUCAGGCUUCCGAUUACCUGGACGAAGCUGCAGCUAGGAAAAGAGCUCUGAGUGUAGCCAGUAUUCUCACAAACACUAUGGAGGAGCUGGAGGAGUCGAGGCAGAAGUGCCCACCCUGCUGGUACAAAUUUGCCAACAGCUUCCUGAUCUGGGACUGCUGCCCGCUGUGGCUGAAAGUCAAGGAGCUGGUCAACAUGGUGGUCAUGGAUCCGUUCGUAGAUCUGGCCAUCACCAUCUGCAUCGUCCUCAACACCCUCUUCAUGGCCAUGGAGCACUACCCCAUGACCAAGGAGUUCAACGACGUGCUCUCCAUCGGAAACCUGGUAUUCACAGGGAUCUUCACAGCUGAGAUGUGUCUAAAGGUCAUCGCCCUGGACCCCUACUACUACUUCCAGGAGGGCUGGAACAUCUUUGAUGGCAUCAUCGUGAGUUUAAGCCUGAUGGAGCUGGGCCUGGCCAACGUGGAGGGGCUCUCAGUGCUCAGAUCGUUCCGACUGCUGCGAGUGUUCAAGCUGGCCAAGUCAUGGCCCACUCUGAACAUGCUGAUCAAGAUCAUCGGGAACUCGGUAGGAGCUCUGGGCAACCUGACCUUAGUCCUGGCCAUCAUUGUCUUCAUCUUCGCUGUGGUGGGAAUGCAGCUGUUCGGGAAGAGCUACCGCGACUACGUGUGCAAGAUUUCGGAGGACUGCGAGCUGCCACGUUGGCACAUGGUGGACUUCUUCCACUCGUUCCUGAUCGUGUUCCGCGUGCUGUGUGGCGAGUGGAUCGAGACCAUGUGGGACUGCAUGGAGGUGGCCGGCCAGGCCAUGUGCCUCAUCGUCUUCAUGAUGGUCAUGGUGAUCGGGAACUUGGUGGUGCUGAACCUCUUCCUGGCUCUGCUGCUGAGCUCCUUCAGCGCCGACAACCUGGCCUCUACGGACGACGACAGCGAGAUGAACAACCUGCAGAUCGCCGUGGGUCGCAUCCAGAAGGGCAUCGCCUUCGUGAAGUCGGCGCUCAGGCAGUUUCUGCAGAGCCUCUUCCUCACCGUGACCAAACCCGGAGCCCUGGACGAGGAGAAGCCCCUGGACGACCUGCACAGCGAUGGCAAGGAGAACUGCCUGGCUAACCACACCCCCGUGGCCGUCGACCUCGGUAAGGACUUCCUCAAGGAACCCUGCGUGACACCUAGCAACGGAGUGGAAAGCCACGGGAAGUACGGCAUCGAGGAAGGUGACUACAUGUCGUUCAUCCACAACCCCAGCCUCACCGUCACGGUGCCCAUCGCCGUGGGUGAGUCCGACUUCGAGAACCUCAACACGGAGGAUUUCAGCAGCGAGUCGUCCGACGUCGAGGGAAGCAAAGAGAAGCUUCCCGUGGACACGGUUCUGAGUUCUUCUGAAGGAAGCACGGUGGACAUCAGACCCCCGGGGGAGGGGGCUGAAUCUGUAGAGCUAGAACCGGAGGAGUCGCUGGACCCUGAGGACUGCUUCACUGAAGGCUGUGUGAUGAGGUUUCAGUGCUGUCAGGUGGACGUGGAGAAGGGCCGGUGGAGGAGCUGGUGGACUCUCAGGAAAACCUGCUUCAUCAUUGUCGAGCACAACUGGUUCGAGUCCUUCAUCAUCUUCAUGAUCCUGCUGAGCAGUGGUGCUCUGGCAUUUGAGGACAUCUACAUAGAGCAGCGGAAGACGGUGAAGACGGUGCUGGAGUACGCGGAUAAAGUUUUCACCUAUGUCUUCAUCCUGGAGAUGCUGCUGAAAUGGGUGGCCUACGGCUUCGUCAAAUACUUCACCAACGCCUGGUGCUGGCUCGACUUCCUGAUUGUAGACGUGUCUCUGGUCAGCCUUGUAGCCACUGCUCUGGGUUACUCUGAGCUGAGUGCCAUUAAAUCACUGAGGACUCUACGAGCUCUGAGGCCACUACGAGCGCUGUCCCGCUUCGAGGGCAUGAGGGUGGUGGUGAACGCUCUUCUCGGUGCCAUUCCCUCCAUCAUGAACGUUCUGCUGGUGUGUCUGAUCUUCUGGCUCAUCUUCAGCAUCAUGGGCGUGAACCUGUUCGCCGGAAAGUACUACUACUGCGUCAACAGCACCACGGACGAGCUCCUGCCCAUCAGCGUGGUCAACAACAAGUCCGAAUGCUUGGCCCUGGUGAACGACAGCGCCCGCUGGAAGAACGUCAAGAUCAACUUCGACAACGUAGGAGCCGGAUACUUGGCGCUGCUCCAAGUGGCCACGUUUAAGGGCUGGAUGGACAUCAUGUACGCUGCCGUAGACUCUCGCAAUCAGGAGGAACAGCCGGACUAUGAAGUGAACCUGUACAUGUACCUGUACUUCGUCAUCUUCAUCAUCUUCGGCUCCUUCUUCACCCUCAACCUCUUCAUCGGUGUCAUCAUCGAUAACUUCAACCAGCAGAA